GGAAAUGCAGUGAAGAGCGAUAAGAAAUGAUGAGAAAUCAAUGGUGUCCAUUGUUGAGGAUGCACUACGUUUUAGUUCAUGUACUUGCUUUCGUGGCUUCGUUAGCCGCCAGCGCGGAACAAGCGCCUUACCAUGAUCCUCGACCGCUUGCCCCUCAGAAGCACAAGCAUACGCAUAAUCCGCGAGCGCUGCAAUGUCAGCAAUUUUUGCGGCGAUCGUUGUACGAGCAGAAGCUGCUUGGUUACUCGCUACUGGCCGCCACUCAGAUCAGUGACGAAGAGUACUACGCGAUGCGGCUGUCUUGUGCUUCGGAUCCUGAUCCCGAAUCACGAUACGUUUGGGCAGAGAUGCUCUUUUACCCGCACGACUACAUAAACGUGCAUGGCGAAACCAAGAACCACUUUCCGCGGAAGUACUCAGUGGACGAUCGGAUAGAGCUGGAGGACGAGCAGUUGGAAGUGGAACUUCCAGAGUCCAAUCAAGAUGGAACAAAACCUCCAAGGGGCGCUAGUGCUUCCCGACAGCCUUUGAUACAUCCAACGAUAAAGCAGCGCAUGCAGUCCGUGUUUCGUCGUUCGCCGCAUCCCCAGUUUGUGCACGUAACCCGCGAGGACAUUUACGUGUCGCUUUGUGUUCCCCGCGUUUGCGCAAUGGAGCCACAGCUGAUUACCGAGAUCGUCCUGCCUCGCUAUCUGCACAUGGUCUUUGGUGGCGCUCAGCCUUUGCCCUGGAACCUCCACCACGAAGCGCAGAGAACGAUUAAUUUUGACGUUGUGCUGAAACACUGGAAACAAUACGAGCCGAAUUUUGUUGCAAGGUAUGAAACUUUGAGACGCUGGGAGCUGCUCGCCGGUGUAGCGAGUACUGUGGAAAUUGAUGUGCAGACGACACCACGUAACAAGAACGAUAACGCGGAUAUCGUCUCGGCAUCUCACAUUGAGCAUUCUCUCAUUGAUCCUGUGGAAGCAUGCGAGAUUUACAGGGUUUUGACUUCUGGUUCCGAGCAUGGGCCAGGUGAACCAGAAUCUGCAGGGCAGGGACUAGACGUUUUGUGCCCGCGCUUUCGUGACCAACGUCAACAUGAGGAGGAUACCAAAAGUGAUUCCGUAAGCGUAACAAUUGCUACGACGACAUCUGCCGUUCGCUCAGCCUUCCGAGAAUUUUCGCAGAAAUUCUUUCCCACUGAGGCCUCUUUCAGAAAUUUUACACGCACGGCGGUGAGAACGGCUCGUACAUCUGAAUCUCCAGGCGUACUUGAAGGGCGAUACCCUCUGAACGCUAGAAAGGCGCAUCGAAUGCGAAAGAAUCUGAUGUCACGACGCGAGUGGGCCCAAAUGUUCGAGGAUCCGCGUCUGGAGGACAUUUCUCGAUCCAUGCCGUCAGCAAGUUGUUGCUCCGAAGUUCUGCAGCUUCAGUGGUUGAACUUCCACGAUCAACCGAAGGCGUACAGUUGGGAACAACAGGUUGUUUUGCCACGCGUAUGGACUUUCGAGCCUUCACCUGCAUACAGUAUCGCAAGGGGAACGUUCAUCAAGGAUGAUGAUGCAGUGGAAGCUCCAAACUCGAAGAGGGCGGCGGCAAAGGCUGCUACAACUCCGCCUAUCCAGUUGCGCGUUUUGAAAGACGAAGCCCCUCCUGCAACCUCGUCCUCUUUUCAAAACGUGGCCAGUGCGACCAACUUCGAUGCGAGCAAAUUCGAAUGGAAAAAACUGAAGGAGAGCCUCUCACCGGAAGCGUUGGGCUGCGUGACUGCUUUUCUAAACACUUGGGAUGGCCCCCUUGAGGUGAGUGAUCUGGCGUCAGCAGAGCAAACAACUGGCCGCAUGGCGGUUCCCACGUCGAAGGCAGAGCGUCCCCAACCUGAGGGAACCUCCGAGGACAAAGCAACAGCCAUGGAUACGAAAGUGAAGAGUUCUUCAAACUCUAGCGGUGCCUUUGUUGCAGAAGGUGAAGGUGAUGAAGAUAACGAAGUUGGACGCCCAAUCGGCCUUCGCAACUAUUUCGGAUAUCCAGUUGCGACUCAUUACACGCGGGAACGCGGUCACGGCGCGAUAUGGCAAGCUAUCGCGUCACCUUCCGAUCCCUUCAAGCGCCGUUUCUUUUCCGAGCAGUUCCACAAAUGCCGAGACAAGAAAAAAGGUCAGAAUUUCCUUGUUCGUUUCGUCAACAUGUUCACCGACUCCCAGUCUGGCGAUGAGUGGGGCUGGGUCGAUACAGCUUUCGGUGUCUGCCUUCCAGCACCGGAAUGCACGAAGCGGCCUGCUGUUCUGUUUCGACAGGAAUUUCCCCGAGAGCUGCUCUUGCCAAUACACCUGACGAGGCGAUUCACAGUACGAAUCGAGCCUCUUCUAGACUGGAGCGAUGUGGACAUCGAUUUUGUCAUAAUCGGCUUCGCGAAGUCAGGAACGACUUCCUUAGCCUUCGCGCUGCACGAAAGCGUGCCGGGAUUUGAAAUGGCAGAGUGUGGUACUUAAAGUUCAAUAUCAAAGGACGAAAUUAGAAACUUGUUCUCUUUCAUCACGGGGGCACAAGGCACAUUAGAAUGUAGUGUGAAACUGUAAACAAAAAAGAUAUGCAUCAACAAUACAACACUUCAGCUUGAGUUUCAUCAUCAACUUCAGAUCGAGAGGAGCACUGCGAGACGAUGUUCUGGUCGCAUGAGUUGUCCAACUACUAUGCAAUUCCCCAAACUUCUCUCGAAUACCUCCUUUCCGGCUUUACGCGAGACCGCAAGACGACGCUUCGCGGCGCCAAAGAUCCACGCGUGAUUGAGUCGGAGGUCACAUUGCGUCGACUGCCACAGCAUGCUAAGAUUGUCAUUCUGGUCUCCGACCCUGUGGACGCGCUCUUAUCCCACUACAACCACAUGCGUUGCAGCGAGCUGGUCGACACGGAUUUCGAUAAAAUGAUUGCGUACAACUUGACCGACUGCGUUCCGGGGCGCGGGUGGGGAAGCUGGCGCGAGCGAAUCGAGCGCGCAACGUUGAUCAAGGGAGAGGAAAACACGCUAGUCAUUCAUAUGCGUGAAGCCUUGACAGUGGCGGGAAUCGCGAGAAUCACACACUGGCUUCGAACAGGUGAAAAAUCGUCGUCUAGUUCCAAAAACUCCAAAACGUCUCCUGGAGCCUACAAGCCAUGGGAGCAGCUACUAGCGUCGAGGCUUCCUGAAGGUCGCGUACAGAAACGUAACGUCUUGGGCGGCGGCAAAGCCUUUUUGCCGUUCGAUGCUAUACCCACCGCGACGAGGCAACUCGCGAACGAAUACCACGCAGAGGAACGUGCACUCUUAGAAAGAGUUCUCGCAAAACAUGGCAGCAUAAAUGGCUUCUCAACCAGAUUUGAUUGGUGGUCUGCUACUCCUAGUGACAGCAAAGAUACCGAGAAUAUAGCCGAAAAGAACGAUCUAUCCAGUAACGAUGAUUCCUUUGCAGCUGUCGUUUGA